AUGUCCAGAAGUGGUAUUAAAGCAUUAACGCUUCUUGCUGUUGGGUCGUUGAGUUGGUAUGCUGGAAUGAAAUUCUGGCAACCACUUAUCAUCGAACAAUUGAAGAAGGAUGGUCAUUUGAGGGAUGAUAUUGAAGUUCCUGAGCCACUGAACGUGCCUGAAACCUGGGAUGAUGUCAAAGAGAGUGUAAGAACAUUCUUGCAUCCUCAAUUAUCUGAUCCUAACUCCAAGAUACAGAAAGAUAUCAUUGAGGCAAAAGCAAGAGGUGAACAAUUGAAGAAUUCUAAAGAUGAAUAA